AUGGCUGUUCUUCAUUUCAUCAUCAUCGUCUUCUCUUUAACUUUCCUUCAAUUUCUCUUGUUCAAUCCAGCACUUUCACUUCCUCUCUGCACAGAUUCAAGAGCACCGAUUAAGCCCAAGACUCCUCUGGCUUUCUGUCCUUAUAAUCACUCGUCAUGCUGCGAUUCGAUCCAAGAUUCGAAUAUACAGAAACAAUUUGAAUCAAUGAAUGUAUCUCAGCCUGGCUGUGCUUCUGUUCUCAAAUCGAUCCUUUGCUCGCUAUGCGAUCCAUUUUCGGCAGAAUUAUUCACGAUCAUGGAAGGUCGUCGGCAAGUUCCGGUGCUAUGCAACUCAACGGUUGGAUCAGACUCAUCGCAAACUAGCCAGGCCACAAACAACUUCUGUGAAACCGUAUGGGAUUCGUGUCAAAAUGUGUCGAUAAAGAACUCACCAUUUUCGCCAUUGUUACAAGGCCAAGCGCCACCACCAGCCAACGCCACCAGCAAACUGAUCGACAUUUGGCCAUCAAGAACCGAUUUCUGCACCAUUGCCGGUGGAUCUUCAACCGAUGGUUCUGUUUGCUUUACCGGCGAAAAAGUUAACUUCAAUGGUACCACAAACAACACUAAUACUUCCCCAAAAGGGAUGUGUUUAGAGAGGAUCGGUAACGAAACCUUCAUCGAUAUGGUUCCUCAUAACGAUGGUUCGAACCGUGCUUUUUUCGCGAACCAGAAGGGUCAGAUCUGGCUAGCCACCAUUCCUGAAAUUGGUUCUGGAGCUCUAUUAAACAUCAAUGAGUCAAACCCGUAUCUCGAUCUAACUGAUGAGGUUCAUUUCGACACUGCAACCGGAUUGAUGUCCAUAGCAAUCCAUCCGAAUUUCACGCAAAAUGGACGGUUUUUCGCUUCAUUCAACUGCGAUAAAUCUGAGUGGCCUGGCUGUGCCGGAAGGUGUGCUUGUAACUCUGAUGUGAACUGUGAUCCUUCAAAAUUAGAACACGAAAACGGAGCUCAACCAUGCCAGUAUCAAACCGUCAUAGCCGAAUACAACACAAUUCCUAGCAUUUCCACAGCAGAAGCAAGAAGAAUCUUCACGAUGGGUCUCCCUUAUACCGGUCACCAUGGCGGUCAGAUUCUUUUUGGACCCGAUGACGGGUACCUAUACUUCAUGAUGGGCGAUGGCGGAGGCACGGCCGAUCCUCAAAAUUUUGCCCAAAACAAGAAGUCGUUGUUGGGGAAGAUUAUGAGGUUCGACAUUGAUAACAUACCAAGUGAAACGGAAAUCACGCGACGUGCACUUUGGGGAAACUAUUCUAUCCCGAGGGACAAUCCUUACAGCGAAGAUGUUGAUUUGUUGCCAGAAAUAUGGGCAUCGGGAUUACGCAAUCCUUGGCGUUGUAGUUUCGACUCAGAAAGAUCAUCAUACUUCAUGUGUGGCGAUAUAGGCCAGAAUGAAUACGAAGAGGUGAAUUUGAUCACGAAAGACGGAAACUAUGGUUGGCGGGUUUACGAGGGAACGGACCCUUUUGUGCCUCAAGAGAGCCCGGGAGGGAACACAUCGGCGAACUCUAUCGAUCCGAUAUAUCCGGUGAUGGGUUAUAGGCAUUCUGAUGUAAACAAGAAUGAAGGUUCUGCUUCUAUUACUGGAGGGUAUUUCUAUAGGUCCCAAACUGAUCCAUGCAUGUAUGGAAGUUACUUAUAUGCAGAUCUAUUUGCAACUGCAAUGUGGGCAGGCACCGAAACCCCAAUGAAUAGCGGGAAUUUCACCUCUAGCAAGAUUCCGUUUACUUGCGCCUCAGAUUCUCCUAUACCAUGUAGCAUAGUUCCAGGAAGUUCACUUCCGACAUUGGGUUACAUCUUUUCAUUCGCCCAGGAUAACAACAAAGACAUGUUUCUUCUAUCUAGUAGUGGUGUGUACAGGAUUGUAGCCCCGAGUCGUUGCAACUAUGUAUGCGCAAUCGGGAAGACGAAGACAGAUCCAACUCAGAGUCCAACAUUUGCUCCUUCGAGCACGAAGAUGUUGAAGGGUUCAUGCAAGAAUACAAUGUUUUUCCUUGUUUCUACUCUUGUGUUGCUCUUCAUGGCAUCGACUCUUAGCAUGUAGUAGAAUCUGCUACAGCUGUGGAAGCGAGGCCAUAAUGGCGGGCCUCUUUUAAUGUUCUAUUCAAGUACAAACAUUCAUGUAAGAAAUCCGAGUGUUACAAUUGACGAUUUUUUAAUCUAUAUGACUUACACUUGCCUUUUUUG